AAGACUUGCAGUUGUCCUUUUUAACUCUUUCUCCUCCCUCUCCCUCUCUCUUUCUCUUUCUCUGCUAGCUGUGUGUGUUUUGUGGAGUAGUUUUGGGCACACACAGGGAGAGAGAGUGUGUGUAUCGGGUGCACCAUUGAAAUGGUAAGGUAGAAAAACAAUUAUAGGGAUUUAAAUCAGUCACCUAAGGGCAAUAAUCCUCUUUGGUCAUUAAAGCCCAUUCAGCCAACCAUCAAAACUGUCUCCCGACUUGGCGUGAUUUGCAGAGUGCCAUAUCCCACUGGCCACCAUUUCCAUCUCUUUUUCUACAAGAUGGAGUCGCAUAACCAACCUUCCAAGAUUGCUCGCCUUUCAGACCAUGAAAUGAAGACCAUGGAAGGGUCAAGCCAAAAUGGACUUGGGCUAAGCCUCGGGUUGAAUCGUGUGUCUGGCCGCCGGCACGGCUGCUCAAAAUCAUCUGGUUUUACCUUCCUUCAGCUGCGAGAAUUAGAGCACCAAGCCCUCAUCUACAACUACAUUGAAGCCGGAAUCCCCGUACCUUUCCAUCUAAUUCUCCCUGUUUGGAAAAGCGUUGCUAGCUCUUUCACUGGUCUCAACUUCCUGGGCUGUAGCUCUUUAUACCAUGACUACAAAAACAGCAUGGAGCCAGAACCAGGGAGGUGCAGAAGAACAGAUGGGAAGAAAUGGAGGUGCAGCAAAGAAGUUGUUUCUAAUCACAAGUACUGUGAGAGACAUGUGAACAGAGGCCGUCGUCGCAGUUGACCACAAACCAUUUUACUGGCUCCUGCAAUCUCAAUUCUCCACCCGUUCUAGUUACUCCACGAACAGAUAAUUUGUCCCCCAACGCCAAUUAAAUUGAGACUUAAGGCUCGGUUUGAUUUGGUUUGUUAUCGGGUGUCUCGGAUAGGUGGCUGAUACUUCUCCGGUUUAUUUUCAUUUCUGUUAUGAUGUUGCACCGAUUUUUCCCUGUUGUCCUCGGAAUGGAUCAACAAUAGUGUCGUGUAUUAUUUGUUUGGCAGGAGAAAUUUGAAAAGCGUAAAACUUCUAAUUCUAAUGAGAAUUCCAAGUUAUUUUUUAUGUAUAUUU